UCAUUAGACCAUCCUGACUGUAUACUGUGAACCAGUCGAGUUUCUUCAACCAUGGAUACACUACAAUUAACAGCUCUCCCAAUAGUGAUUUGGAUUUUAACAACGCCUUGUGGAGCUGCGGACUGUUUGUACGCACAACAAAAAUGUAAUGAGAACCGGACGUGUGCCAUCAUGCUGACUAUGGUACCGCAACUGUGCGGGAAUUCAAGUUCAGAUACGACAUGCCAGGCACCGGAGCCAUCUCAGUGUGACAGCAUCUUAGAAAUACUGACCCAGAGUAAAGUGUUUGAAGGAUGUCAAUGUGAUCCUUUCCAACCGUAUUUUGCUGAGUGUGAUCGAGUGUAUAGAAUGGUAUUCAAACAACAAUGCACAGCGUCUAGAGACCAGACUAGUCUUGAUCUACCGACUGAAACUCAACAAACCAAACAAGAUUACAUUCCUCUGUAUACGUGGCAAUUUCUAACUGCAACUGACCAUGAAGAAGUACCCCCAACUGGAGGAAUUCAAAAUGGAGAAAGUACUUGCGUACAAGCUCUUGAUUCAUGUACCGGUGACGUCACCUGUAGGAAGCUGCUAGCCGAGUAUUUGUCCCAGUGCAGUAAGGAUAGGCUAACCAAUACGUGUAGAACAACCCAAUGUAGGACUAGUAUUCGCUUCUUCUUGGAUCAUGUGUCUCCUAUCUACACACAUGCUUUGUUGUAUUGCUACUGUACUAGCGCUGAUUCCCAAUGUGAGGUAUUGAGACGAGGUUUGAAUGCUGACUGUGCCAACAAGGGAGGAGAAGUUAUACCAAACUGUCUGGAGUUGAGUGACCAGUGCUAUGCAUCUACACUGUGCAGCACCAAUUUCGAAAACUACAAAAAGCAUUGCGCCAUCAGCGACACGUCUGGGACAGGUUGUACACGGAGCUAUGGUGAAUGUCGCAAUGCCCGGCUUGGUAUUCUAGGCACGGUAGUAGCAGCAACGUGUACAUGUAUAGGGAGUGAGGGAUCAGUAGCUACGAGAUGUAAGCAACAACAACACACUGUGUCCGAUAAUUCAUGCUUCUUACGAGCAAGCUAUGCGUACUACACGCCGGCUGAUAAUGUGGAAGUUGUACACACCACCCAGAUGUCCAGGUUGCGUAUCAACAAACGUGUUAAUUCUAACCAAGGUUGUGACGUCAAGCUUGGGAGUGGUAGCCAUGAUGUAUACGUCAGAGCAGGGAAUGUUAUCCGGAUACCCGAUGAGCAUAUAGCCGAUUGUACACAGAUUUGCCGGUGCUUGAGCAGUGGUUUUCUAUCCGAGUGUUUCAGCGUACUCUGCAAUGUAACGACAUGUCGAAAGGAUACAUCUUCUGGAUUCGAUGCUCAUAAGGAAUGUGUGUGGUCAGGAUGCCAACGUCUCUGCAUUGAUACACAAUCCAAGUUAUUAUCACGUUCUCCUGGUCUACUACUAGCAUACAGUGUUACGGAAGCAGAGCUUAUUCGUCACCAACUACACGUUGAAUUCAACAUUUCAGUCAUCAAAAAGAAACUGCAUCAACUACUUGCAAGUAUUAACACGCAAAAUCCAUGCCAACUUGAAUAUACGAGUGGUGCUGCUGAGACUAAUGGCACCAUUGCAUUCUUCGCUCACUCAAAACGUCUACAGGAAUGGGAAUGUUUGAAUCAGCUGGUUGAUUUGGCGUCACUGAUAAACUACAGGGCGCCCUCUGUUGCCACUGAUGUUAUCAUGUCCAUUGUGAAGAUAGCAACUGUUGUUGAGCCCGGAGUAUCGCCUGUGACUACCAACUCCCGCUCAUGUGGUGUUUGGUAUCACCACCAGCUUGACAAGAAAUACUUGUUUUAUUUAUUUAUCAUCCUAACACUUAUCCUAUGGGUAUCAGUAUAGUAAAUAAAUAUUUAAUAAUUAUUUGCAAAAUUAAAGAUUUGAAAAAUAAAACACAUGUGCGACC